CGCAAAUUCAAGAAAAAAUGGUUACUACUUCUCUUUCAUUUCGUGUUGUACUCUCUGCAUACUUUCUUGUAAUUCUCUGCGUCUCCUUCCCUAACCCAACAACACCAUUGCAUGUUGGUGAAGGGGAGGAAGAAGGUGGUGGUAUUCCGUUGCCGGUGCCGGCGAGGCAUGGAGCGGUGGUGAAGAAAGGUGAGAGAUGGAGUGUGGUUACGACAGAGUUCGGUGAGAUCUCAGCUGUUAAAAUCGGAGAUGGUAGAGAUGGGUUUUAUCAUCUCCAGUUCAUCACCAUGGAACCUAACUCUCUUUUCCUUCCUGUUCAUCUUCAUUCCGAUAUGGUUUUCUAUGUCGACUCAGGGAGUGGAACUCUGAAUUGGGUUGAUCUUGAAAACGAUGACGAUAAACUCCGGCAAGUGGAGUUGCAAGCCGGAGACGUUUACCGGCUGAGCACCGGAAGUUUCUUCUACUUGCAAAGCAACUUAGAUCCCGAUCGCCGGAAACUAAGAAUAAACGCCAUUUUUUCCGAUUCCAAAGAGGAGAUACGAGAAGGAUCAUCGUUCGGAGCAUACGCCAGUGUUCGUGAUUUGAUUCUUGGGUUCGACAACAGAGUUCUUCAAGCUGCAUUUAGCGUGGAUGUGGAAGUGAUCGAAGAGUUGCGAAGUGGAGGAAAACAACCGAUGAUUGUGCAUGGAGUCACACAGGAAAAGGCGAAUGAGUUAUGGGAAGUCCAUUACAGAAUCAUGAGAGCUUUCCUUGGUCGUAUGAAGAAUAACAUGAUCGAUAUUAAUAUUAAUAAUAAUAAUAAAAAAGACAAAGCUUAUAAUAUCCUCUCGGCGGAUCACGACGUUGAUAAUUGCAACGGGUGGAGUCUGGUUGUUACAAGUAAACAGUUGAAGGCGUUAAAAGAUUCGGAUUUCAGUAUCUUCAUGGUCAAUCUAACCAAGGGGGCAAUGAUGGCGCCACACUGGAACCCAACUACGGCGGAGAUAGGGGUGGUGGUGAGAGGACGAGGGAUGGUUAAUGUGGUGUGUCCCGGUAGUUUAAAUGAAACGGAGUGUAAAAAUUCGAGGUUUAGGGUUGAAGAAGGUGAUGUGUUUGUGGUGCCAAGAUAUCAUCCGAUGGCUCAGAUGUCGUUUAAUAAUGGGAGUUUUGUGUUUAUGGGGUUUACGACUACAACGAAGAAGAAUCAUCCGCAGUAUUUGGUGGGGACAGCUUCGGUGUUGCAGGUGUUGGAUAAGAGUGUGGUGGCGGCGUCUUUUGGGGUGAGUAAUAUGACGAUGGAUGAAGUUUUGAAGGGUCAAAGGGAGGCGAUUAUUGUUGAGUGUACUUCGUGUGCUGAGGAGGAAGAGAGGUUGAUGGAAGAGGAGAUUCAGAGGGAAAAGGAGGAGGAGAGGAAGAAAGAGGAGGAGGAGAAGGCUAGGGAGGAGGAGGAGGCGAGGGAGAAGGAAGAGGAGGAGGCUAAAAGGAGGGAGGAGGAAGAGGAGGCCAAGCGGCAGGAAGAGGAGGAGAGGAGAGAGCAAGAGGAAGCACGGAAGAGGGAAGAGGAGGAGGCUAAGAGGAGGGGGAGGAGGAAGCGGAGGCCAAACGGCGGGAGGAGGAGGAAAGGAGGGAGCAAGAGGAAGCACGGAAGAGGGAGGAGGAAGAGGCUAGGCGGCAAGAGGAGGAGGCAAGGAAACAACAAGAGGAGGAGGCUAGGAGGCGACAAGAGGAGGAGGAAGCCGCUAGGCGGCAGGAGGAGGAGGAGGCCGCAAGGCGUCAGGAAGAGGAGGCUAGGAGGCGACAGGAGGAAGAGGAGGCUAGGAGGCGACAGGAAGAGGAGGAGGCCGCUAGGCGUAAGGAAGAGGAGGCUAGGAGGCGAGAGGAGGAGCAAGCGGCUAAGAAACAACAGGAGGAGGAGGCUAGGCGGCGGCAAGAAGACGAGGCGGCUAGACAACAAAGAGAAGGCUAGGAAACAAAAGGAAGAGGAGGCGGCCAGGCGACAGGAGGAAGAAGCCGCUAGGCGACAUCAACAACAAGAAGAGGAGGCUAGGAGGCGACAACAAGAGGAGGAGGCUAGGAGGAGGGAAGAAGAGGAGACGGGACGUGGUGGUGGUGGAGGACAUGGAGGAGGAGGAGAAGGGGAAGCCGCUAGUAGGGAGGAGGAAGAGAUGGCGAGGCGGCAGAGGGAAGCGGAAGCUGCAGCUAGAGGAGGAGGAGGGGGUGGUCAGGAGAAUGGAAGUUAUGAAGAGUAA